AUCGAAGGCUGGACGUGACUUACAACCCUCCGGGCCUCUCGCAGGCCUUUGGAAGAGACAGGCCCUUGUACCGCCUUUUCGGCUAACCUUCUUAAUUUUAAACAAAAAGGUGACGUGGCCGUCGUUUACUUUGAUCCCGGGCAUAUGCUUCCCAGAGGCCUUCGCGGUUCGUUGAACCCGGGGAUUUAGGGAGAAGCGAGCAGUGAGGGAACCCGGAACGAUUCCUUCGCGGAACCAUUGAAGCGAGGGCUCUAGGAACGUUUGAGGGACGAAUAGCGACGGGCCUGGCACACGGGCAGGGAUGGCGGCCGAGGCUGGACCGGGUGCUGCGGUCCCCCUGGAGCUGCGGCGGGAACGGGGUAUGGUGUGUGUGGAGUAUCCGGGUGUGGUGCGCAACGUGUCCAAGAUGCUGCCGACUCUGGGCGGCGAGGAAGGCGUCUCCCGGAUCUACGCAGAUCCCACCAAGAGGCUGGAGCUGUACUUCCGGCCCAAGGAUCCCUACUGCCACCCUGUGUGUGCCAACCGCUUCAGUACCAGCAGCCUGCUACUCCGGAUCAAGAGAAAGACGAAGCGACGGGCAGUGGUGCCAGGGGCCGAGGCCUGUCCCGAGGUCACAUUUGAGAUGGAGAUCCUUGGCAUCAUCUCUACCACUUACAAGUUUCAGGGAAUGUCUGACUUCCAGUACUUGGCAGUGCAUACAGAUGCAGACGGCAGGCACACGUCAAUGUAUGACAAAGUGCUCAUGCUCAAGCCCGAGAAGGAGGAUUUCUUCAACCAGGAGCUGCCGCUCUACAUCCCCCCACCCAUCUUCUCGCGGCUGGACACCCCAGUGGAUUACUUCUAUCGACCAGACAUACAACACCGGGAAGGCUACAACAACCCUACCAUCUCAGGCGAGAACCUGAUUGGCCUGAGCAGGGCCCGGCGCCCCCACAAUGCCAUCUUUGUCAACUUUGAGGAGGAUGAGGUGCCCAUGCAGCCACUGGAGGCUGCAGUCCAGACGUGGAAGAAAGUCUGCACCAACCCCAUAGACAGGAAGGUGGAGGAGGAACUGAGGAAGCUGUUUGACCUUCGUCCCAUCUGGUCCCGUAGCGCCGUCAAGGCCAACAUCAGCGUUCACCCCGACAAGCUCAAGGUCUUGCUGCCCUUCAUGGCCUAUUAUAUGAUAACAGGCCCCUGGAGAAGCCUGUGGAUUCGAUAUGGGUAUGACCCCCGAAAAAACCCAGACGCCAAGAUCUAUCAAGUCCUUGAUUUCCGAAUCCGUUGUGGAAUGAAAUACGGUUACACCCCCAACGACAUGCCUGUCAAGACAAAGCGCAGUGCCUACAACUACAGCCUCCCCAUCACUGUCAAAAAGACAUCCAGCCAGCUCGCCAUGCAGGACCUGAAGCAGGGUCUGGGCCCGUCGGGAAUGGCCAGUGCACGAAAAUCAACCUCCAACAAGUACAAGCUCAAGGACUCUGUCUAUAUCUUCCGGGAGGGCGCUCUGCCGCCUUAUCGACAGAUGUUCUAUCAGUUUUGUGAUUUGAACGUGGAAGAGUUACAGAAGAUCAUUCACCGCAAUGAUGGGGCAGAGAAUGUAUGCACAGAACGGGAUGGGUGGUGUCUGCCCAAGACCAGCGAUGACCUGAGGAACGCCAUGUCUGGCAUGAUCAGGCAGGCCCUCCGCUCCAAGAGGCCUGCUCUCUUCUCCAGCCCAGCCAAGGCUGACACAGAAAAAGAACAGCUGACGUAUGAGUAUGCGGAAGAUGAGGAGGACGAUGAAGAGGAGGAAGAGUUCAAACCUUCAGAUGGAAGUGAGAACGAGAUGGAGACAGAGAUUCUGGACUACGUGUGAUAAGCCCUGGCCCUGAAGCUGGGCCUCCCUGACCAGGCAAAGCUGGUAUGCCAGCCUUAGAAAGCCAGGGCUCCCUUGUGCCCCCACACUCACCAGAGUGGCCCUGGGAGUCUCCUUAGAGGAAAGCUAGGAUCUGAGCAAUGGGCACACCUGACUUUGGUCCCGGCUGCAAGCUGAUGCUUGGUGCUGCCCUCUGACCCUGGGUGGUUGGGGACACACCCUGAAGGUUGUGCCCUGGCUUGGCACAUCCAUGAACAGCUCAUUUUCCAGCAGGCUGAGCCAGUGCCCACCACCUUUCUCUGACUGAGACCAACAAAAGUUGGAUGUGGAAAUGGUGCAGCUAGGGGAGGGGCCAGUCUUGUCUUGGGCCUUGUGAUUAGGAAGCUUGGUCCAUGGUCGCAGGUGCCCAAAGACUGUCCUUGAGUUUGAAUCCCAACUAUUUGGGAUAGUGUUGGCAAGGGCCAGGCCCAGCUGGAAUUGUCCUUAUUAAACAUACCUUCCUACAGAGUGUCAGUGUCUCAGUGGGGAUGGUAUAGCCAGAGGAGAGUUUCCUCUCGCGUUGAGGCAUAGGGCUCCAGUGGUACCAUCAUUUGUUAGAGACAUUCAUUCGUUCAGUGACCUCGUACUGGGCAAUGCUGGCAUGGUACUCCAGGUGGGUAGGGUAAGUGCAGCCAGAAGUAACCCCAGGCCCCAGUCCCAGAGAGUCUUACAGCCCUCAGGUUUAUCCCAAAGUUUUUCAAAUGGAUGAGCUCCUGAGCGGUUCACUGUGAAACAGACCUGUUGUCUCUCAGAUUCCUGAUGUGAAACCACAGGGGUGCACACAUAUUCCUUCACGGGGAUAAGCCCACUCUCUCUGGAGACCGCUCACAGGCAGGCCACAUCCACGCCCCUUUCCUGGCAGAGAGCAUCUGUGCCAGAGAUGAGGCCUUCACCCCCCUCUUCUGCCCAGCAGAAGGAGACACUUGGUAUGACCAUCACUCCCUUCAGCCGCUUAGGGUAAAAUGAAGUCACAUCCAUUCCAAAGUCAAAUACCUCAGGCAACUUCCCAUCCUGGUGACUGGUGCUCCCUGGAAGCUCCCUCCCACGAUAAGUUCAGGAGCCCCCACUGUUUACUUAGUCAACCUGAAGGGGCUCGUCGGGGCUAUCUGCCUUAUAAAGGAGAAGCUGGAAGCUGCCUGGCCCCCGGAGAGCACCAUGCUCCCUGCUCCCUUCUGAGGAGAAGGCUCAGGCACCUCCAGAAGCACCUCUUCCCUAAAGGCAAGCUGGCCCCUAGGCCCAGUUGAGCUUCCUCUUCCCUCACCUUUUAGUGAUUUUUCCCUCAGGGGCCCUUGGUGUUCUAUCAGUGGAUCUCAGUUGGGGCUACUCCCACUUCUGAGCCAUGCUACGUGUUAUCUUCCCAUCUUCUCAGAAGCCUCCUUGGUCCCUGUGCCAAUCUGCCAUCCUCUGUAACUAAGCCUUAGACUCAGGUUCCAGAACAGUUGCGGGGGGGGGGCACAUUUACCAUGUAUCUACCUAAUGAAGAGGGCUGCUCAAGUUCUUCCCAAAUUAAAAAAAAAAACUUCGUAAUGAUUCCUGUGUAACCAGUAGUCGUCGAAUCGAUUGCAACUUGUAGAGUAGAACUGUGCUCUAUAGGGUUUUCAUUGGCUGAUUUUUCUUCCGAGGUGCCUUUGGGUGGACUCAAACCUUGAACCUUUCUGUUAGCAACCAAGUGCUUUUGUAGCACCCAAGGCCAGUGGUUUGAACCCACAACGACUCCACAGGAGAAAGAUGUGGCAGUCUACUUCCAUAGAGAUUUACAGCCUUGGAAACCCUAUAGGGCAGUUUUACUCUGUCCUGUAGGAUCACUAUGAGUUGCAAUUGACUCAACAGCAGCAGUUUUAAGGGUCUCCUGAUUCCCGUUAGAAACCUAAAUACCUACACUUUUUUUGUCUAGCUUUUUAUUACAAAAAAUUUCAAAAAUAUACAGGAGUAUGCAGAAUUGUAUAAUGAGCCCCAUUUACUCAUCACCUGGCUUCAACAGUUACUACAUUUUGCCAAUCUUGUUGCAUUUCUUCCCCCAGGUUUUUGUUUUGAUUUUGUGUUUUUUAUGGGAAUCGUUCUAAGGAAAUCCAUAAUUUAUUACUACCUCUAACACAUAAAGCCUUUUUGUUUUAACGGUACCAUGAUGCUGUUAUCACACUGUCUUAGUAGCGCUGCUAUUACAAAUACCACAAGUGGGUGGCUUUAACAAACUGUCAAAGCAAAACAAACUUCUUACUCUGUUGGCGUAGAAAGAGAUGAAUUUUAUCGAGGAAUAGAACAACCCGGGUUAGGGAGCAUGAAGCAAAGCACUAGCUGCUCCAAAGUACAAAAAACAAGAGGGAUUUUUAUCCGUACAAGCCUUAGUAAAAACUAUAACCAUAAGUAAUUCUUUCAAAAUAUCAGCUAAUCUGCAGGCUUCUUGGAAACCCUGGUGGCGUAGUGGUUAAGUGCUAUGGGUGCUAACCAAGAGGUUGGCAGUUCGAAUCCGCCAGGAGCUCCUUGGAAACUCUAUGGGGCAAUUCUACUCUGUCCUAUAGGAUCACUAUGAGUCGGAAUCGACUAGACGGCAGUGGGUUUGGUUUGGUUUUUUUUUGGCAGACUUCUUGGAGCCAACUUAAGCAAGCAUUUUAUAAGGACAGUUCACAUUUCCUGAGAAUGGGGCAAUCUCUUUUGAGAGAGAAGGGCACCUGUGUAAGCAUUCUUUCCAAGGACAGAUUGAUCAAAUAAUAUUUUUGGUUACCUGCUUCUUGGAACAUUCUUACAACAUAUUUUCCUGGAACAACCACGUUUCACCUCUUCCCUAGUUUUUCCCAAGAGUGGUCAGAGUUAACCUGUCAUUGUGAGUUCAGUUUGAAUGCCUCUGUAUUUGAAGGUCUGCCAGCACAUUCCUCCCUCUUGGUCAAGCCCCCACAAUAGAAUUGCCUUCUUUUGCAAGGACUCUAUCUGCUUUCCUCAAGGGCUUUGGUUGAUAGGAAUUAUUUUCUUCACCUUGCCAAGCUAAUAGGCCUCAUCUUCAGGGUGAGUUCAUUCUAUUGGGGUAGUGUAGUAGACAAGGCCACGUUGGAGGAACAAUUUCAGACCGGACUCGAACAAUAAGAAUCAAAAUGAAAUGCUCCUGGGAAACAAAAUGGUUCUUUCAAGUGGCUCUGGUCAUUUCUGAAAGGUAGCAUAAGUACACAGGGGGAUUAAAAGGUGUGGUAUGAUAGGUUUCUUUAAGAUACUUACCUCUCUGCAAAGCAAUGGGAGCCCCUCCCUGUUGGUCACAAGCAUUAGUCAAGCAUUUCAUACAUCAUUUAAUGAAGCCUACCACAGUUAUUAUAACAAUUGAAAGAAUUAACCUGGUUUGUAGUAUAGAGCGCAACCAAGAACCAGUGCCAUUGGGCAACCAACUAAGGAUAUUUAGGAAAUGAGAGUCAUGCAUAGGAGAUAGUGAAGGUAACCAAGUAGUCUUCUGGUGAAUCUAAUAUCUUGUUCUACUCCUGUGGUAUUUAUCCAAGUAUAAUAGGAGGUAUUGGCAAUGACUCACACUCUUCUUUGUUGAGCUAGAAGGAAAUCGAGGACUAUUCUGUUAUUUAAUGAAACUCUUAUAACAAGAGAUUCUAAGGAUUUUUGUUGGGCUGACAUUCCAUUUGCAAUAUCAUCAGCAAUUUGAACCACAGUAGCAGAUAAACUGCAAAUAGACUUCUCAAGCUGAGGCAUACCAUAGUUAGGUAAAAGUGCCUGGAGGAAUACCCUUCCCGUCUUGGGUUUCUCAAUUAGGGGUUAUUUUGAGGCACAGGGUCUCUUUUGUUCCAAAUGAGGAUCUUUAUCAUUGGUUCAGUGUACACUUUCAUUACAGGGAUGGCUAUCUGAAGGGACUCCUAAAUGCCAUAAGGUACACUGACCCCCAUUUUCCAGCCAUCUAAGCAGGGUAAUGCCCAAGCAUAAGGUUAAUGUAUAUCCAUAAGGAGCACAAAUGACGCUAUUUUCGUUCUGUGGAAAGGGGCUGGUUUGGUUGAUUUGCAUAAAUCAUUUCUCUGCCAGAAUUAUUAGAAAUGAACAAUUGUUCUAAAUUUUCCGGACUCCAAAGUUUGGCACAGGAGAGUCUUCUGAAUUUGCUUAUGCAGUUAUAGUGGCUGCAUGAGCAUCAGACCAAAACCUAGUGAGUCUUGCAUAACAGACUAGAAAAUAAUUUUGGCAGUUGGGAUCAGAAGGGUCUCAGGGAGUUUCAGAACACUUCUUUGUUCUGAUAAGGGUUAGAAUAAAACAUGAUACCUGAGGUUAAGUCAGUAAUCCAGGGGAUGCCAUAAUCUAAUAUGGACAGCUCAACAUUCAUUUAAGUUACUGGCAUUGGCUACUGACUCGGUUAAUCUGACAAAUGCAUUUUUCUCUCUGAGAAGGAAUUCUUAGGGUUAGAAGCAUAAGGCUUAAAUGAACUUUCAUUUUGAAUAAGUUUAUCAGGGAAUAAGACUACAGGUAUAUAGUAAGGCUAUUAAUAUAGAAAGAGCUACUACUGUUAAAGUCCACAAACUCCAGUAAUAUGCAUAGGUCUUGUUCCAUGAUCAUGGGAUUAGUGGUCCUCUUUAAAUGUGUUUGCUUCUGGCCACAGGAGUGUUUGAAGGUAAUGUUUAAGUCUCCAGAAGACUGACUGGUCCAGAGAGGAGAUUUGUUCCUCUUCAAUUGUGACAGGUAGAUCCAGGUUUUAACUCCUUCAAGUUUCUCUGCACAGGAAUCGGUGAUAAGAACUAAGUAUGGUCCUUUUGAUAAGUCUGAUAUAGUCCAUUUUGGUUAAAAUAUUCUGGUCAAGCAUUUUCAGUGAAUCAGCAAAGUAAAACUUACCUGCAAAUGACAAAGUUAAAAAUAGCUAUGGUUAAAGGUGGGGCCAAGAUGGCAGAGUAGUCAGAUGCUUCCUGUGGUCCCUUUUACAACAAAGACUCCCCCCCGCAAAAAAAAAACAAGUGAAUCAAUUAUAUAUGACCAUCUAGGAGCCCUGAACAUCAAAGGCAAAGUAGAGGAAUCAGACUGAGUGGCAGGGGGAGGGAGAGACAGUUCAGAAGCAGUGAGAAGUUGCCAGACCUGACCUGGUGGGAAAAGGCACCCUGCAGGCUGGAUUGUGUGGAGUGCCUGGUGAGGCAAGCAGUGGCACUCGACGCGUUUUUGACAUCGGGAGAGACCAAGCAGUGGCAGAUCUGCUCAACUCUCCAGAAUCAGUGAGAAAUGGCACUCAAUCAGCAAAAGAUAAGUACAUGCUUCUAACCUACUGCGUAGAGCAAAACACACACCCUUAGGGAAGAACCUCUCCCAUUUACCUACCCCCUUCCCGCUCUGCUCUGGGUCCUGAUCUGGCUUCAGUGAUCGCUGGGUCCGCUGGCAUGGAAGUAAGACCCAUCAUGCGUCCUGAGCCAUUCUCCUGACUUUGGACAGGGAACAAAUUAACAGAAAAAAAUAAUCUGCCAGCUCCCCUAAACUGGAAACUCAGGGAAGGCCUAGGCACAGGCAUAAGUGGUCUGUGGACUUCGAAUGCCUUUCACCCCUGGAUAGACUUGUGUGGGCCCAUUUUCAACAGCAUAGGCCCUCAUUCACACAGUUCAACAGGGUAUAUACCUGAAGCCUAUUUUCAACCAUAUCAACUAUAACGGGGAGUGGCAGAUUUGUGACAUUUGACACCACUCUGCCUAUUAAGCAGGGCCCUCACCUAGCCACAUCAGGGGCCAGAGGACUUGUGGCUUCACCUGCACUACCUAGCUACCCCCAACAGGGGUCCAAGAAUAAGUGGUGCCUCCCAAACCUUACAACCAACAGCAUUGGGUGUCCAAAGUCCAGCUGCAAAACCCACUCAACUAUGCACUCUAGGGAAGAGGGAUGCGCUUUCCUCUCAGACACGGACAGGUGUCAGCCCCUUGCAUUGCUCAGCACAUGACCCCCUACUGUAGCCAGAUACUUGUGCCUACUCAAAUCACCCCUGCCCACCUAGGACUGUGGUGAGAGCCUGCACCAUGCACUUGGUGACCAACAACCUGGAUACCUGAGCUGAAUCCAUACAUGAAAAGUAAAUGGACUCCUGGACUCACAUACCUAGUAACAGCUCUAACCACCUGGUGACCGGACGUGAGGGCUUCAAAGACCCUAAUAGUCAAACUACCUCACAUGACCAGCCUAUUUGGGCAUAUCAAAACAAAACAAAACAAGAAGCUAGAACACACUAAGCAAACAUAAAAUAAAUAUAAUAAAUUAUUGAUGGCUUGGAGACAACACUCAAUAUCGAAUCACAUAAGUAGGCAGACCAUGAUGGCUUCAGCAAGCACCCAAAACAAGGAAUCCAAAAACCUGGAGGAAAAGAACUUUUUGGAAAUGCUGGAGGUAGAAUUCAAAAGAUUAAUAUACAGAGCUCUUAAGGAGAUCAGGCAAAACAGAACAAGUCAAGGAACACACAGAUAAAGCAAUAGAGGAACCAAGAAGGUUAUACAAGACCAUAAUGACAAACUUAACAGGCUGCAAGAAUCCAUAGAGAGACAGCAAACAAAUCCAAAAGAUUAACAAUAAAAUAUCAGAAUGAGACAACUCAAUAGAAAGUCAUAGAAGCAGAAUUGAGGCAAUGGAAGUCAGAAUUAGUGAGAUUGAAGAUACAGCACUUGACACCAACUCAUUUGAGGAAAAAUCUGAUAAAAGAAAUUAAAAAAAAAUGAAGAAACCCUAAGAAUUAUGUGAGACUCUAUCAAGAGGAAUAACCUAUGAGCAAUUGAAGUACCAGAACAGGGGGGAUAAUAGAGAAUACAGAGAGAAUUGUUGAAGAUUUGUUGGCAUCAUGAAAGAUGAGAAGGUAUCUAUCCAAGGAGCUUAUCGAACCCCACACGAGGUAGAUUGCCAAAAGAAAGUCACAGACAUAUAAUCAAACUUGCCAAAACCAAAGAUAAAGAGAGAAUUUUAAGAGCAGCUAGGAAUAAAUAAAAAGUCUUCUACAAAGGAGAGUGAGACUAAACUCAGGCUACUCAGCAGAAACCAUGUAGGCAAGAAGGCAAUGGGAUGACAUGUAUAAAGGCUUGAAAGAAAACAUUGCCAGCCAAGAAUUAUAUAUCCAGGGAAAAUAUCUCUCAAAUAUGAUGGUGAAAUUAGUGCAUUUCCACAUAAACAGAAGUUUAGGGAAUUUGCAAAAACCAAACCAAAAUUACAAGAAAUACUAAAGGGAGUUCUCUGGUUAGAAAAUCAAUAAAAUCAGAUAACAACCCAAGACUAGAACAUAGGACAGAGCAACCAGAUAUCAAUCCAGAUAGGGAAGUCACAAAAAUAAAUCAAAGCUAAAACACAGAAAAUAGGGAAACAGAGACAUAAACAUGUAAAAGAUGACAACAUUAAAACAAAAAAGAGGGACUAAAAAAUGUUAUAAAUCUUUCAUAUGGAGAGGAAGUCAAGGCGAUAUAAACAAAAAAAAAGAUUGGUUUAAACUUAGAAAAAUGGGGGUAAAUAUUAAGGUAACCACAAAGGAAACUAACAAUCCUACACAUCAAAAUCAAAAACAAGAAAAACGUAAUGACUCAGCAAAUACAAAAUCAACAACAAUGAAAAAGAUGAAAAGAAAAUACAUAAAAACGACUCACCACAGAAAAUUAAGUGGAACAAAGAAACUGUCAAUGACACACACAUAAAGAUACAUCAAAAUGACUGCAGUAAACUCAUUAAAAAAAAAAAUACCUAUCAAUAAUUAUGCCGAAUGUAAAUGGACUAAAUGCACCAAUAAAGAGACAGAGGGUGGCAGAAUGGAUUAAAAAAAAACACGAUCCGUCUAUACGCUGCCUACAAGAGACACACCUUAGACUUAAAGACACAAACAAACUAAAACUCAAAAGAUGGAAAAAAAUAUAGCAAGCAAACAACAAUCAGAAAAGAGCAGGAGUGGCAAUAUUAUCUGACAAAAUAGACUGUAAAGCAAAAUCAACCACUAAGGAUACUGAAGGACACUAUAAAAUGAUUAAAGGGUCAAUACACCAGGAGGACACGACCAUAACAAAUAUUUAUGCACCCAAUAGCAGGGCUCAAAAAUACAUAAAACAAACUCUGACAGCAUUGAAAAGAGAAAUAGACAGCUCCACAACAAUAGUAGGAGACUUCAACACACUACUCUCAGUGAAGGGCAGAACAUCAAGAAAGAAGCUCAACAAAGACACAGAAGAUCUAAAUGCCACAAUCUAACAACUUGAUCUCAU